UGUGUCUUAUCAGGCCAAAAAAAUACGUACUUAGUAUUUGGUUACGAAACCGCAUUUUCUUGAAAUAUAUGGAGGCGUUCCUCUACGUUUCCGUAAAAAGAGCGAAGCGUAUUUUUUCUGGGCUUGCUCCUUUUACGUUUCGGUGAAAAAUUUCCCGCUUUUGUGCGACCACCAGAGCAGACACCAGUCACGCGUGCUGUCUUCAUCACACCACACGUAGACAGCACCAACAACACCCCAAAGUGCUUCCCAAGGCAACUCCACUACCAUGCCUGAGCGUGGGAAGCGUCAAGAUCCCAGGGGGAUCGCAGCGCAACGCCGGGAGAAGCGCCGUCGGCGAGCUAUCGACGAGGAGGAUGUAGCCCAUGACAAGAGAUUCACAGUCUUGGGUCUUGUGAGGGCCGUAGUAGUGGCGGCGGGCGUCGUGGCAGCAGGAGAGGCUCAUCGUGCCCACUGCCCUCAGNAGCUGUUGCUCAAGCUGUAUGUUCUCGGCAUCGCCGAGAUGCAGCCGCCCACGGCAGCACUGCGGUCGCCAACCAACGGCGCCAUAGCUGUGGAAGUCCGCGUUGCCGCGGCGUUGAGGAUCCUGGCUGGCGGCAGUUACUGGGAUGUUGCCCUCAUGUUUGGCUUGUCGAGGGCGGUCACGUUCGACAUCUUGUGGCAAGUGAUCGAUGCCAUCAACGAGACGCCUGCGAUUGGAGCAUUUGACUUCCCCCUGACCGAGGAAGGCUGCAUGCGAAACUCCAACAGAUUCAAGGAGAAGAGCACCGAUGGCAUUUUCUCCUGGGUCGUCGCCGCCGUGGAUGGUCUGUUCAUCAAGGCCAAGGCUCCGUAUGCGAAAGACACCGCCAACGUCCUCGCGUACUACUCUGGCAGCAAGUCCGCGUACGGCAUCAACGUACAAGCGAUGUGCACCGCCGACUACCGGUUUUGCGCGAUGUCGGCGAUCUCACCAGGCUCUACGAACGACUGGGUAGCAUGGAAUCGAUCUUCCCUCGCCAAGGCCGUCGCCCGCUUGCCCACCGGAUUUCACAUCAUUGGUGACGCCGCCUACCCCAUCGGAGAAAAGCUUCUGACUCCGUACCCUGGGAGGCUCCUGCCGGCGGGUGAGGACUCGUUCAACUUCCACCUGAGCCAGCUUCGUGUCAAGAUCGAGCAGAGCUUCGGCAUCCUGGUUUCGACUUGGGGCAUUCUGUGGAUACCUCUCCGCGUGCAGUUUGGAGGACGCGCGGAUCUCAUCACGGCUCUUUUCCAUCUGCACAACUUCCUGCAAGACGAGAAGGUAUCGCCGAUCCAGGUUGCAGAGGAGGACUCGCGCAGCGGACGCAACCGGCCGGCCCUCUGUGCUACGCAGCGCACCUUGCCGGAUGGCUGGCAAACGGAGCAGCCGGCUCCUUCGAGGAGCGGUGAGACCCCGGCCCGAGCGGCUAUCCGCACGGCCCUGGAGUUGAAGAAGCAGUGGAGGCCGGACUACAACCGCCGGAGGAAUUCGUAA